GUGUUAUUUAAGACAGAGUGGUUUCUUCACGGAUUUCCAAACGUAAAAUUCUCUUCCUUUUUCCUCUUCCGUAGAGAAACUGCCAUCAGUCUCUCUCUCUCUCUCUCUAGAUCUUCCUUUUCUUCGAGCGACGCCAUGGUUGCUUCGAUGAGAAUCGUGUUUGGACUUCUAACAUUCGUCACUAUUGGCAUGAUAAUAGGUGCUUUGUUUCAGUUGGCAUUUAUACGAAGACUCGAAGAUUCAUAUGGUUCCGAGUUUCCAACUUUUGGAAGAGUGCGUAGACGUCAACUUGAUGGCUAUCUUCAGUUGCCUGGAGGUAUUCAUCAUUGGAAUGAUGACAAAGAAGCAGCAAUUUUACGCCUUGGAUAUGUUAAACCUGAAAUAAUCAGCUGGUCACCUCGGAUCAUUGUACUUCAUAAUUUUUUAAGCAUGGAGGAGUGUGAUUACCUUAGAGCUUUAGCCUUUCCCCGACUUGAAAUUUCUACAGUGGUAGACGCAAAAACAGGAAAGGGAAUAAAGAGUAAUGUCAGGACAAGCUCUGGAAUGUUUUUGAGCCAUGAAGAGAGAAAGUAUCCAAUGGUACAGGCUAUUGAAAAGCGUAUUUCUGUCUAUUCUCAAAUACCGGUAGAAAAUGGAGAGCUGGUUCAAGUCUUAAGGUAUGAAAAGAGUCAGUUUUACAAACCUCAUCACGACUACUUUUCUGAUACUUUUAACUUGAAGCGUGGUGGUCAGAGAGUAGCAACGAUGCUUAUGUAUUUAAGUGACAAUGUUGAGGGUGGAGAGACAUAUUUCCCAAUGGCUGGCACAGGUGAAUGUAGCUGCGGUGGAAAAAUGGUCAAAGGUUUAUCUGUAAAACCAGUUAAAGGAGACGCAAUACUUUUCUGGAGCUUGGGCCUAGAUGGACAAUCGGAUCCGAAUAGCAUACAUGGUGGGUGCGAAGUGCUGUCGGGGGAAAAGUGGUCGGCUACAAAAUGGAUGAGGCAAAGAAGUACCUCUUAAUAUGUAGACUCUCAUUGAUGGUCUUGAUGUAACCCUGAGAAAAGCAGUUCUCGGCAAUUUAUAGUUGUAGCGCAAAAAAGGCCUCUUUUAUUUAUUCCCUUUGCUGGAGAGGAGCUCCUUUUCUGUUGGGCAAAAAAUCUCGAUACACACUGGAGAAACUAUAGGAUAGUUUUUUCGGAAUUGGUUAUACAAGGAACAAAAUGCAUCCUGUAGGUGCUUAGCAUAGACUGUACAAUGGGCUUUGGAGCUCCCAAUGGUGUGCAUUUUCUUGUCAAUAGAAUCUUGUAGUAGAUGAGGAUUAAUGCUCCUUUAUUUUUAUCACUUCUAAUUAUACAUGUCUAAGGGAAUCGCAUUUCCCUAACUGAAUUUAAACUGCUGUUAGUUCAA